GGAUUGCUCAGAUUAGUUUGCGGGCACCUUAAAUUUUCUCCCAAGGGAAAGAACCAAGAGAGAACGCAGAGGCAACGCGGAGCAUUUCCGUCGCCUUCUCACCCGUGCAGACAGUUCCUGCCAGGCCAUUUCCACCCUCGCAAGAUGACCACCGCAAACAACAGCCACGCCGACAACAAUCCAAAGAAGCUUGUGGUCAUCUACGCCCCGGCGGGCCUGACGGGCCACUUGGUCCCGGCGGCGGGGCUCGGCAAGCUACUCGCGGCGCAGGGUCUCGACGUGGCCGUCGUCCUCGGCGGCGGGGAGGCUGAUCAAGCCAGCGACGAUCCAUUCCUCGCAGGCGUCGCGGCCGCCAAUCCAUCGAUGUCCGUCCACCGUCUCCCCCAUGCCACGCUUCCCUCCGACAUGCCCGCGGACGCUCACGAGGCUAAGAUCUUCGAGCUUGCGCGCGCCUCCAACCCGGACCUCCGUGACUUCCUCCGGUCCGCGUCCCCGGCCGCUCUCGUCAUCGAUUUCUUCUGCAGCAGCGCCUUCGACGUCGGCGCCGAGCUCGGCAUCCCGACCUACUUCUUCCUCACCACUUGCAUCGCCAGCGUCGCCUUCUGUCUCUACAAUCCAGUCAUCCAGGGGCAGAUGAAUCUGAGCUUCCGUGAUCUCGGCGGCGGUUUCGUGCACGCACCGGGAUUGCCCCCGAUGCCGGCAGAUCACCUCGCCGCGUCUGUCCUCGACCGCGACAGCAUGGGCAAUAAGCUCUUCCUGGCCUUGGCGGAGCAGUUGUGCGACUCCCAGGGCGUGAUCGUGAACAGCUGCCACUCCUUGGAGCCGCGCGCUGCGGAGGCCAUCGUCUCCGGCCUUUGCACUGCCCCCGGGCGUCGAACGCCGCCGCUGUACUGCAUAGGUCCACUGGUGAAGACCGAGGAGGUCGGGACGAAGAAGCGCCACGAAUGCCUCGCAUGGCUCGAUGGCCAGCCCAAGGCCAGUGUGGUGUUCCUCUGUUUCGGCAGCAUGGGGCGGUUCAGCGCCGAGCAGAUCAAGGAGAUGGCGGCGGGGCUGGAGGCGAGCGGCCAACGGUUCUUGUGGGCCCUGAGGCGCCCGCUGCCUAGCGACGAGCACAAACAGGACAACAACGACAACCACAUCGACGCGCUGUUCCCAGAAGGAUUCCUGCAGCGGACAAAGGACAGGGGGCUGGUGCUCACGUCGUGGGCGCCGCAAAGGGAAGUUCUGGCCCACGGCGCGUUGGGCGGGUUCGUGACGCACUGCGGGUGGAACUCGGUGCUGGAGUCCGUCAUGGCGGGCGUGCCGAUGCUGGCGUGGCCUCUGUACGCGGAGCAGCGGAUGAACAAGGUGUUCUUGGUCGAGGAGCUCCGGCUGGCCGUGGCCAUGGAUGGGUACGACAGGGAAAUGGUUGAAGCACGGGAGGUCGCAGCGAAGGCGAGGUGGCUGAUUGAGUCCGACGGAGGGAGGGAGCUCCGGCAGCGGGCGCAGGAGGCCAUGCGGCGGGCGAACGAGUCUCUGAGCGACGGCGGGGAGUCCAAAACAGCGUUGCUGAACCUUGCGAUAAAGUGGAAAAACGCUCCCGAGAAUGGAAUCAGCAAGUGAAGUCAAAGUCAACCCGGCUGCUUGCUUUCAAAUGUUACAUGCGCAUGCGCUAGGCGCGAUCGAUGCAUCUAGUAGAAUAUUUUUACUUUUGAAAGCGAGUGCCCGUCUCUCCAUCAACAUGAAAUUGUUACUGUGUCAUUUCCAUUUUGUAAGGUGUCAUCGAUUUGAGAAAUAAAACAUGGGUUACUCCUAAUAAAUUAUACUACGAGUACUCGUAGAAAUCAAGAUCCCGGAGACCCGGAUGCUCAAGGAAGUAUCCAAUGUAUAAUUUUUCUAUUUCUUGGUCGACUCGUUACCCGUCUGAUUUGUAAUCAAGUUUUUUUUUAUAAGUGAAAUCAAGAUUCCUGUGUGCUGA